AUGACUGAUCCAUUAAAGUCCCUAAAUGAUUCGGGCAGGCCCGUUACGGCCAUCUCCCAGAAGGUCCACGCAAUCGCCGGCAUCUCAGUAACAGUCUUCGGACUAGAAGAGCUCCGCAAAGAGGCCUCGGAGCUCGCAUGUCUCUGGCUUCUUCAUCCCAGAUUAGCCACACAGGAGCGUAUGACUGGCAUUGCCAACUCCGCCAUUACCGACUGGAACACUAGAAACCAGGACAAACCUUCCGCCAAGGGCCUGAUUGCUGUCUCGUUCGACCAGCGAAACCAUGGUACUCGGACAGUCGACCCUCUAGCAAACGAGUCUUGGAAAAAGGGGAACCCCCGGCAUGCCCAGGAUAUGUUCUCCAUCUUCCAGGGCACUGCAAGAGAUACAUCGGUGCUCAUGGACUACCUUCCCUCCUAUACAUUCCCCGAUGAUGAGCAUAAGAUCACCGAGAACCUAGUUCUAGGAGUCUCGCUGGGCGGACACGCAGCAUGGAGCUGUCUACUGCACGAGCCUCGAGUCACCGCCGGGGUCGUCAUCAUCGGGUGUCCAGACUAUAUCAAUCUGAUGGCAGACCGCGCAAGGCUGUCGAAGCUGCCAUCAUGGACAAAGAGUGAUCCACCUGGUGCCGAGGUCCUUGGCUCAGAAGCCUUGCCGACUUCUUUGAUAGAGACUGUCAAUCGAUAUGAUCCUGCCGGUAUGAUGCUGAAGCAUGUGGAUUGCGGGCCAUCGACUGGUCCUUUGCGCGAAGGCCCAUUGCCUCAGCCUUCAGAAAGCGAGCAGCAGGUGCUCCGGCCGCUUCUGACUCGUGCCUUGGCUGGCAAGCGCAUUUUGAAUCUGUCUGGCGGCAAGGACAAACUUGUUCCCUACCAUCGCGGAGAGCUGUUCCUCAACUGGUUCAAGGAGGCUAUCUCGUCCGAAGGGUGGUUCGGUGAUGGUGCGGUGUCCUUUGAAGAUAUCAUUGACCAGACGGCGGCUCAUGAAGUCACUGCUAAGAUGGCUGACGAGGCUAUUCGGUUUAUCAGUGAGACGUUGGCCGCGGGUCCCGAUAACGCGGGUCGACGGGGUUCGGUGCGAGAGUCGAAGAUCUGA